AUGGCUGCAAUUGGUCAUGGCCUUGAGAUCAUCAACUUGAAGGAAGCCGUCUCUCAUAUUUGUGAGAGUAGACCAACCCCUUUCAAGGAUGGCAUGCUUGGGAAGUCAUGCUGGUUUGGUUUCAAGUCCCGACAUCUAGAGCUCAGCUCACAAAUAGUUGAAGGCCUCGACAAAGAUAGGGCACCAAGUCUGAGACCAAUAGUUGUGUCUACUUUCUAUGAAACUUUGUCAAAAGCCUAUGCCGCUAAUCCAUAUGGCCCUACUGAUAUAUGGAACUAUGAUGAAACUGGUGUUAUGGAUGGCAUAAAUGGGGCUAUGAGGGUGCUUGAGAGGAAAGGAAGCCAAAAAUCAUCUUAUAUACUUCUGAAGAGUCAUGAAUGGAUUACCAUUAUUUGUUGCAUUAAUGCUUCCGAGCAAAGCAUUCUAUGA